AUAUAUAUGUAUAAUGUUUUGAAUGUUCUGUAUGUAUUUGUGCUUGUUUGCAAACAAUUGAAGAAGCGUGAUUUACAAAUUUUAUGCAAGAAUGUUAUAUUGUAGUGUAGAAAAUUGCAAAAAUGGGACAUAUACGAAAAUGUGCCAAGGAUUUUCAUCGUUUAGGUUACCAAAAUCUAAUUCAACUCGAAGAAUAUGGCUCAAAUUCGCUGGGGUUAAAGAAACUACAAAGUUUCGAAUCUGUGCGGAACAUUUCGACAAAAAAUGUUUCAAAACAUUUCAACCCAGGCCCUUAUUGAAGCCAGAUGCAAUUCCAACUUUGCACAAGGGAAAGAAGUGCACUGCAGGGCGAAGUAGCAAGGUAAGCAGCGAGACAGAAAUUGUCAAUAUUGCUACUACUAUUGGCACUCAAACUGAGGGAAAUCAAAGUGACUGCACCAGUGAGCAGUUAAAUAUUUCGAAAACGCCAGCCUCAACGCUGAAUGGAGAAAAUAUGGUGUCACAAGUUGAACUUGCUUGUAGUAAAGUUCGAAAUAUAACAAUAACUGGUAAGACUUUUAAAACGUUUACUCUAUAUAAUUUAGGCGAGUGUACUCUAAAAAUACAAUUUGAACGAUAAAAUGCCAUUGGGAAGCUCGGUUUAUAAGACGCGCUUUAAGUUUAAUCAAAAAAAGAAAGUCGUGUCCUGAAGGUAAUUUAAUAGAUAAAGAUUUUAAAAAGAUGUCACGAUUUAUAGGAGAAAUUUAUUAAAUCAUACUGUGAUAAAAAACGUGCUGUAAUCGGUUAAAAUAACGAAAUUUUAUAAUAUUACUAUAUUUUAAAACAUGUUAAAACUACGAAAAGAUUUAUGUAAAAAAUGUUUUAAUUAUAAGCCUUGAUAACAAACAGCAGUUUGUAUGAGAUCUCGUUUAUAUAUUAAAUGAAAUUUAUAUAUUUAA